CGCCAUGGAGCUGGGAGCGGCCGCCGUGCCCUGCGGGAAGGACAAGUUCAUCUCCAGGAACGAGCUGCUCCUGCACCUCAAGACCUACAACAUCUACUACGAGGGGCAGAACCUGCAGCUGAGGCACCGGGAGGAGGAAGGGGAGCUGAUCGUGGAGGGGCUGCUGAACAUCUCGUGGGGGCUGCGCCGCCCCAUCCGCCUGCAGAUGCAGGACGACAACCAGCGCAUCCGCCCGCCACCCUCCUCCUCCUCCUGGCACUCGGGCUGCAACCUGGGCGCCCACGGGUCCGUGCUGAAGCCCAGCACCCUGCCGGACAUCCAGGUGACCGACGGGGACAGCGGCAGGGGCACGGAGAAUCCCGGGAACGGCGCAGGUGAGCUGGGCUCGGAUCCGCUGGGAUCGGGAACCUCGGUGUUCACGCCCGCCUACGGCUCCGUCACCAACGUGCGCAUCAACAGCACCAUGACCACGCCGCAGGUGCUCAAACUGCUGCUCAACAAGUUCAAGAUCGAGAACUCAGCAGAGGAGUUUGCUCUGUACAUGGUGCACACGAGCGGAGGUGAGUGCCCCAGAUCACCCCCGGCCGGGGUGCCCCAAAUCCCUGGCCAGGAGUGCCCCAGAUCCCCAUGUACCAGUACCACGCUGGCAGUGCCGGUGCCCCCCUGGCAGUGCCGGUGCCCCCCCAGCAGUGCCAGUGCCCCUGGCAGUGCUGGCACCACCCUGGCAGUACCAAGAGGGUGGGGGGUGGGUCAGUUCAGCCCCCUCUUCACCAUCGCCUGCCUCUCCUGUCCCACCCAGGUCGCCCAGUACAUCAAAUUCGAGAUGCCCAUCCUCAGGAGCUUCAUCCAGAAGCUGGAGGAGGAGGAGGACCGGGAAGUGAAGAAGCUGAAGCACAAAUACUCCAUCCUGCGGCUGAUGAUCGAGCAGAGGCUGGAGGAGAUUUCCGAGGGCCCCACGGCCAUGUGAGCGUCCCUGGGAUGCGCUGCACCAAAUCCCGACCCCAAAACGCCCCCGCUGCCCCCCUGGGUGACUCCAGCCCCCAGCCAAGCCCCCUCCCACGCCCCCAUCCCCAGGAAUCCUCGGGGGUUCUUCCCAGGAAGGUUCUGGCUGGCUGCAGCCAAAACCUCGAAUCCCUGGAAAACACAGGGAAAAAAAUAUUUAAAAAAAAAAAAUAAAAGAGAAAAAAGAGGAAAUCUGUCAGCAGCAGCAGCGAGGUGAGGGCUGCCAGAGUUCCAGAGCUGGAAUUUUGGGGGCUCAGGUUGGAAAUGCCCGACGUGGCUCCCAGUGGAGUUCCUGCUGCUCGGCAGCAAGAGAGCACAAAAAAAACAAAAAAAAUCCUCUUUUUUUUUUAGAGAAAAGCACAUUCCUGCCCUGUCACCGCAAUAAUUCCCAGGUGUCGGGAGGAUUUUAUAAAUCCAAAGGGUUGCCUGUGAUUUUGGGGGGGUUUAACCCUGACCUAAGGGCUCCUGGAGGUAUUUCCAGCCCAGGAGAAAUUCCCAUUUUUCCCAGCCCCUUCCCCAAAGCCGUGGCUGUGGCGCAGCCCCUCCGUCCCCCCCACCCCGCUGUAAUUUGCACUAAUAUUUAGGGAUUUUGAAGAAAACCACGAUGUCAAACCUCUCUGGGAGCUGAAAAUGCCAAAUAGCACUCGCAGGGAUGGCUGAGGGCCCCGAGCAUCUCCAGGGGUGCUGGGAAAGGGCAGAGGCAGGAGGAGGGGGAGGCAGAAAUAAAGAGGAUUUUGUUUUCCAAAUGCAUUUUCCAGCAGUGCCAGGAGAUUAUCCUGGUGAAACCAGGGCCAGGCUGGCUCCACCAGCAGCAGCAGCUGGAAAAAACCUCUUUCCUCCCAGGCUAAACCAGCAAUACCCAUUUUAUACCUCGAUGUGAACUAAACCUCUGACUUCCUCCCCCUUCCCUUUGAGUUUUCGCAAUGCAUCUUUGUAAUUUUCUUUAUUUUUUUUUUUAAUUUUUAAUUUUAAUGGUACCUUUUCCACCUUUGACUCACGUUGGGGAAAGUGUUGUACAGCGAGAGGAGCUUUUGGUGUGUUUGAAGGGUGAUUGUGGCACUGCUGCGUGGAUUAACAAGGAAAUGAAAUAAAAUAAAAUAAAAUAUGUAGCAACU